AACAAAUGUCUAUCUGUUGCGUAUCUCCCCGAAUGGUCACAGCCAGCAGAACUGGGCCAGACUGAAAGCAAGGACCAGGUGCUUUGACCAGGUUUUCCACGUGGGGGCCCAGGCACUUGGACUAUCUUUUGAUGCUUUUGCCAGGCGCUUCAGCAGGGAGCUGGAUCAGAUGUGGAGCAGCCAGGACUCAAACUGGUGCACCUAUAUGAGAUGCCGGCAUCCCAACAGCAGUGGGACGUGCUGCACCGCAGUGCCAACCCUGAGCUGCGAGUCUUGAUGUGGAGUGAUUCUCAGCUGUGUUGGCUGUUGAGCUUUGAAAUCCCAGGAACAAGGAUGUAAGACCAGGAGAGCUUGUCACAAACCAGAUGUUUGUCACAAUACUUCUAGCAUUACUCAUUUGCCAUGGAUUCUCCAAAGGUGACUUUCUUUUAGAUACUGAAAAGCAAGAAGGCUCACUUUGUGCUCAGCAUUGCCUGAAUAAUCUUUUGCAAGGAGAAUACUUUAGUCCUGUGGAACUGUCCUCGAUCGCACAUCAGCUCGAUGAAGAGGAGAGGAUGAGGAUGGCGGAGGGCGGCGUCACCAGUGAAGACUAUCGAACGUUUCUGCAGCAGCCUUCCGGAAACAUGGAUGACAGUGGCUUCUUCUCCAUUCAGGUUAUAAGCAAUGCCUUGAAAGUUUGGGGUUUGGAACUAAUCCUGUUCAACAGUCCAGAAUAUCAGAGGCUCAGAAUCGAUCCUAUAAAUGAAAGAUCAUUUAUAUGCAAUUAUAAAGAACACUGGUUUACUGUUAGAAAAUUAGGAAAACAGUGGUUUAACUUGAAUUCCCUCUUGACGGGUCCAGAAUUAAUAUCUGAUACAUACCUUGCACUUUUCUUGGCUCAAUUACAACAGGAAGGUUAUUCUAUAUUUGUUGUUAAGGGUGAUCUGCCAGACUGUGAAGCUGACCAACUCUUACAGAUGAUCAGGGUCCAACAGAUGCACAGACCAAAACUUAUUGGAGAAGAAUUAGCACAACUGAAAGACCAGAGAGUCCAUAAAACAGACCUGGAACGAGUCUUAGCAGCAGAUGAUGGGUCAGGAAUGUUAGACGAAGAUGAGGAGGAUUUGCAGAGGGCUCUGGCACUAAGUCGCCAGGAAAUUGACAUGGAAGAUGAAGAGGCAGAUCUUCGCAGGGCUAUUCAGCUCAGUAUGCAAGGCAGUUCCAGAAAUAUGUCUCAAGAUAGUCCACAGACUUCAAGUACAAAUCUUACUUCAGAAGAACUGCGGAAGAGAAGAGAAGCCUACUUUGAAAAGCAGCAGCAGGAGCAGCAGCGGCAGCAGCAGCAGGUAGCUGCCCCAGGACAGAUUUCCCAUCCCCGGGAAAGGCUGACUACAAGUUCUGGAGCCCCUGGGAGUGAUCUAGAUGACACUAUGAGUGAAGAAGACAUGCUUCAGGCAGCUGUGACCAUGUCUUUAGAAACUGUACAAAAUCACUUGAAAACAGAAGGAAAAAAAUAAUGCCUUUAAACGAUGAUUUAGAUACUCUGGUUUUCUGACAUUAUCCUGUGGGGUGACAGGAUAGGGUUCAUUUCAGUAAUGUAUCCGAAAGAAAAGUGUUCCACCGGGGAGAGGAGACUUUUAGGUGAUUUGCAAACAAAAUGAUGAAAAAGUUGGAAAAUCUGUCUGUUAUUAGGACUAAAUAAUGAUCCUCCACACACUAGCCAAAGGCAUUUAGCAAUUAAAGACAUUUGAAAUAGUUU